CAUAUUUACACUUGACCUUCAAAAAGUCAACAACUGAAGUAAUAAUGACAUCUAAGUUAUUAAAGACAGCAUGGUUGAACCGUGGAUUGUUAAAAACAGCUGCAAGCAGAGUGCAAGUUGUUCGCCACUCCAGUAUACUUACUCCAAAACUUCAAAUUUGUCCAGAAAAUCUUGUCUCACCUCCAGUUGAUAUGUUCACUGAGGAAGAACAAAUGAUGAAAGAUACAGUUGCUAGGUUUGCUGCUGAGAAGAUUCAACCUUUAGUUAGGCAAAUGGAUGCUGAAAGUAAAAUGGACCAGUCCAUUAUUGAUGGAAUGUUUGAAAAUGGGCUGUUUGGAAUAGAAAUAGAUGCAGAAUAUGGUGGUACUAAUUCUACAUUUGUUGUUGCUAACCUGGUCAUUGAGGAGCUUGCAAAGGUCGAUCCAUCGGUCAGUGUGAUGUGUGACGUACACAAUACCCUGCUGGUGACCCUGAUGCGUCAGCUCGGUACCAAGGAACAGAAAGAUAAAUACUUACCUAAAAUGGCAACAGAUACAAUGGCAAGUUUCUGUCUGUCAGAGGCUGACUCUGGGACUGAUGCUUUUGCUAUGAAGAUGUCUGCAGUGAAACAAGGGGACCAUUAUAUUUUUAAAUGGACAAAGCUUCCUGGAUUAAAAUGCGGACAUAAAGCAUUACCCAUGAAUGUCAUAGUUACAUUUCUAAUACAGGGAUACAAAGGGAUAACAUGUUUCAUCGUAGAUGCGGACUCUGAGGGUUUAACUGUAGGGAAGAAAGAGGACAAGCUAGGUAUCCGUGCAUCAAGUACUUGUCCCGUGCAUUUUGAAAACGUGAAAGUACCAGAGGGUAAUAUUCUAGGUGAAUUUGGUAAAGGCUACAAAUAUUGUAUAGAAGUACUAAAUGAAGGAAGGAUAGGGAUUGGAGCACAGAUGUUAGGUUUGGCUGAGGGAUGUUUUAAUGCAGCUGUGCCCUAUACUAGAGAAAGGAAACAGUUUGGAAAAAGAAUUUGUGACUUCCAGUCAAUGCAGCACCAGAUAGCCUAUGUAGCCACACAGAUUGAAGCAGCCAGGUUACUGAUAUAUAAUGCUGCGAGGAAACGUGAAGCAGGUUUACCUGUCAUCAAAGAAGGAGCUAUGGCCAAAUACUAUGCCUCUGAAGUUGCAGCUCUAACAACAACAAAGUGUAUAGAAUGGAUGGGAGGUGUGGGCUUUACGAAAGAUUAUCCUGUUGAAAAAUUCUACAGAGACUGUAAAAUAGGUGCAAUUUAUGAGGGAACUUCAAACAUCCAGAUGAACACAAUAUUUAAGUGCUUGGAACAAGAGGCAGGGUCUUGAUGUAAUGUCAUCAUUUAUUGUGGUUACCUUGGAAACAGAUGACAGAAGGAAUAAAUCAGUGUGAAAAAAACAUGGUGAAUCUCAUGCUUGUGUGAUACAUGACUUCUCGACUGUCUGAAAGAUUUCACAGUGUGUUUGAACAUCAUAUUAAAGCGAAAUUAUGCUCAUUGUUUUUCAUUGUCAAGUUCAGCCCAAUUGACAACAUAUUUCACAUGUUAGACUGUUAUAAUGGUGAUUGACCCAACAGUUGAUAUUGGAAUUUGUAACCAGGUUUUCAACGAAAACCGGGUUAUUGUAAUGCUGAAGUCGGCGGGCAGGCGGGCGGGCGUCAAC